AUGGCGGACACAAAUUUAAUACAAUCAACGUUUUAUUCGUGUGUCGAAGAAGCAGCAGAAAAGAUUGUAGAAGAAAUGGAUGAUAUCUAUUUGAAAAGAAUGAGUCAUCGAGCUUAUACAAAUGGAUUUGUAUUAGUACAAGAUGUACUCCGAAAUCCAAGUUCAUGCUUAUUUGAGUUCUGUAUGGAUGCUGUUGCAUUUAAUAUGUUGGUUAACGAGCUGACUACUAAGUAUGGAUUAAACAAUCAAAAUAAUGGUCUUUUUCCAGAAGAAUCACUCGCAAUGUUUCUAAGCACCGAGACAAUCAAUAGACACUUUCAUCGUGUCUUAAAGGCAAUAGUUCUAAUGGCUAACGACCAAAUCUUACCGAUGGAUCAAACAAUUGUUCAUCCAAAAUUAAGAGAAGAGAAAUACAAAUACUUUAAGAAUUGUAUAAGUGCAAUAGAUGGUACACAUGUCAAAUUGUUUGGGUCCAAAGAAGAAAUUAUCAAGUAUAUUGGACGUAAAGUUGGUUGGGAAGGAUCGACCCAUGAUGCUGGAAUUUUGAAAACCGUUAUAAGUGAUCCCAAUUAUCGUUUUCCACAUCCUAUGUCAAAUAAGUAUUAUCUUGUUGAUGUUGGCUAUAAAAAUAAAAGAGGUUAUUUAGCUCCGUAUAGACAAAAUCUAUAUCAUAUGGAAAAAAUUCAGAGAUGUCCACCGCCAAGUUCAUCACAGGCAACAUUUAACAAGAUACACUCAUCCUUAAGGAUUACAAUUGAACCAACAAUGUGUUUACACAAUUUUGUGAGACGCAAUGUUAUUGAUGAAGGUGUAGAUGAUAAUGGUGAAGAUGGUCACUCUAAUAACAAUUACGAUGAUGACGAAAAUGAUUAUAUUUUAGAAGAAAGCAUUGAUCAUAACGAGGGGGAGGAAAUGCGUGUAUUUAGAGAUUCACUAGCAUCUAAAUUGUGGCGGCGACGUAGAGAACAUGCAUAUUAA